CUGAUUUCCGGCGAAACACUACAACAGCAGAAGCGCAAGCUGUGAUCGACAGUCUGUGUGCGAGUAUGUCAACGCGAUUCCACAAGAUUCAUGCCAAUCACAUACUAGCAGAGACUGCUGCACUUGACCCGCGUUUUAAGAGGAUGGCCUUCCCUGAUGCCAGAACAGCAGAUGAGACAUUUCAAAGGCUGUCAACUGCAGCAGCAAGAAUUAGCAGUGGUACACCCAUACAACAGCAACCAGCUGUGGAAGGACUGGAAGGAGCAGGCAGUGGUGCUGGAUCAAUAGUUUGGAGCUAUUUCCAUGAGCAAGUAGCUGGAACAGUGGAAGCCAGGAAUCCAACCGCCGAUGCUGUCAUGGAGGUACGAGCCUACCUGGAGGAGCCUCUUCUUGCAACACAUGAGGAUCCCCUCAAGUGGUGGGAGAGUCGUGCCCCUGUUUACCCCAGGCUUAGCAAGCUGAUGGCCAAGAAGCUUUGUGUUGUGGCGACAUCAGUUCCCUCUGAGAGAAUAUUCUCAAAAACUGGACAGAUAAUCUCAGAGAGGAGAAGUCGCCUUAAGCCCAAAAAGGUCAGAGCUCUUGUCUUCCUUAAUGCAAAUUUGCCCAAGGACAAGAAAGAGAGGCAGAAAAAGCCAUAAAGUUAGGAACUGCUUUGUAUUUAUUUACAUUGCAUUUUGUGUUCAUUUAAAACUUGAAGGGGCUGAUCUUUUAUUUGCAAAGUUUACAGUAGUUAGUAAUAGUGGACUGUAGACAUUUCCAUUUUAUUUAUUCUAAUUUUAUCUACAGUAUAUGUCUAAUACUUUAAGUAUUUUUGUUAUUUAUAAAAAUGUUCUUUUGUGUUACUGUUCUUGUAUAGAAAUUUUUCACUAAAAGCCAUUUUGCACACACAGACAUUCAUUGCAGCCCACUUUGUUAUUGUUCAUUUAAAACUUGAAGGGGCUGA